UUUGACACAAACAGUCCAUCAGAAAAUAUAAAAUAAAUGACGGAACGAACAGCUUCUUGUUAUUGUUCAUUAACAGUUAACACACUUGGGAGUCUCUUGGCUGUCGACGCCUCAUUGUUUGUGUAUCUGCAGUUGCUUGGCUCAGGGUGGCGAGUUUGCGCUGUCUGCGACGCUCACUGACCUCCCGAGACUCGCUGCGUGUGUGUGUGUAUGAAGAGCUCAGCUGUCUGUCAUAAACCAGCACAACAGCACACGCUUCUCCAGAGCAAACCGCCCGGACAGCACGCGCACAGAGGCGCUGGCGACGGCUGAGUUGGGUCUUCAGUUAUGCACAGCUAGAUUAAAGCAAAGCGAGCCAGUAUCCGCGUCUAAAUAUGGACUGGUGUAUAGGCGAACUAACGUGAGAACAUCCUCAAAUUGAUUUAGCCCAGCGUUGAACUUGAACCACGCGUGCACGGGAUGAUCUGUAGGAUCUUGUUGUUUACUCUCCAAGCUUUUGCAUUUAAACGCAAUGUUCACGUCUGACAGCCCUGCGUAACAUUUCGUCCGCGCUGAACAUGACAGAGGACAUAAUGACGGCUGGGAGCCGAAAUCUUUCUCAAACAGCAGGUGCCUCGGGACAAAAAGAUAGCGGACAAACUGAACCGACAAACGGGGCGACUCCUUCGUCCUCCUCCGAGGAGCUGAGCCAGGACUCCGCGUCCUGCACCAGCGAACUGACGCGCACGUGGCUGCAGUUCGCCAAGACCUUCGUCAUUAUCUUCCCCAUAUAUGUCUUGGGUUAUUUUGAGUUCAGUUUUAGUUGGCUUUUAAUCGCACUCACGAUAUUUUUCUUUUGGAAGAGAAACACUAGUUGUAAGAACACCAGGUUAAAUAGAGCACUUUCGUUUUUUGAGCAAGAGGACACUGUUAAACAGGAGCUGGAGGCAACUGAAUUACCAUCAUGGGUUCAUUAUCCAGAUGUGGAGAGAGUUGAGUGGCUAAAUAAGACAGUGAAACAGAUGUGGCCUUACGUGUGUCAGUUUGUGGAGAAGCUGUUUAAAGAAACAAUUGAGCCAGCAAUCAAGGAAGCCAAUGCCCACCUCAGUACAUUCAGCUUCACCAAGAUCGAUCUUGGAGAUAAGCCUCUCAGAAUCAACGGGGUCAAAGUUUACUCUGAGAACGUAGACAAACGGCAGAUCAUCAUGGACCUUCAGAUCAGCUAUGUUGGAAAUACUGAAAUCGAUGUGGAUGUCAAAAGGUUCUACUGUAGAGCAGGGAUCAAAAGUAUACAGAUACAUGGAGUUCUGCGGGUGAUUCUUGAGCCACUUUUGGGGAAUAUGCCUCUGGUUGGUGCUCUUUCCCUCUUCUUCCUCAAGAAGCCACUUUUGGACAUAAACUGGACAGGCCUCACAAAUAUAUUGGACAUUCCAGGGCUUAAUGGCUUUUCAGAGCACAUGAUCCAGGAUAUUAUCAGCACUUACAUGGUGUUGCCUAACAGGAUCACUGUACCACUGAUAGGUGAGGUUGAACUGGCACAGCUUCGUUUCCCUAUGCCAAAGGGAGUUCUAAGGAUUCAUUUUCUUGAAGCUCAGAAUCUGGAAGUUAAAGACACAUAUCUGGGCGGGCUGAUCAAAGGGAAGUCUGACCCCUAUGGCAUGCUGCUGGUCAGCAAUCAGCUCUUUAGAAGCAAGACCAUCAAAGAAUGUCUGCACCCCAAAUGGAAUGAGGUGUAUGAGGCACUAGUAUAUGAACAUUCAGGACAACAUCUGGAAAUUGAGCUCUUUGAUGAAGACCCAGAUAAAGAUGACUUCUUGGGCAGUCUAAUGAUUGACUUGAGUGAGCUUCAUAAAGAACAGAAGGUUGAUGAGUGGUUUGACUUGGAAGAAGUUACUACAGGCAAACUACAUCUGAGAUUAGAGUGGCUGUCAUUGUACCCGAGUGCUGAGAAACUAGAUCAAGUAUUAAGGAGCAUAAGGGCUAAUGAAAAUCUUUCCUCAGCUCUGCUAGUUGUUUACCUGGACUCUGCCAGUAAUUUGCCGAGUGUCUUUGAGGGCAGCUUUGGCUGUGGAAACCUAAAGGAGAGGAGGGCCUCUGGUCUAGUCUUUUGUGAGAACCCCGACUCUCUCUAUAGAACGUUAUUUACAAAUCCUCUUGACUUUAACCCUGAUGGCCCCAAACCCCCUUAUAAAGGCCUGAAGUAUGGGAAAAAAAUGAGCAUAGAUCCAAAUCCUUUUGUCAAACUGACUGUAGGACAAAAGAUGUACACAAGCAAGGUGAGGUAUAAAACUAGUGAGCCGCUGUGGGAGGAGGCUUUUCACUUCCUUAUCAACAACCCCCGCACUCAGGAACUGGAAAUUGAGGUGAGGGAUAGUAAGCACAAGUGCUCUCUGGGUAGUGUUGGAGUUGCAGUUGCUUCUCUCCUGAAGGAGGCCGACAUGACGCUGAAUCAGCAGUUCCCCCUGCAGAACUCGGGCCCCAACAGCACCCUCAAACUCAAAAUGGCUCUCAGGGUCCUCUGUUUAGAGAAGGAGGUCACAUCCAGCCAUCCGUCUUCUAUCCGGGUCAGACACAGUAGUCAAUAUAACUCUUGCUUGACCCCUCAAUCUCAAACAGUCACUAGCACCAGCAACUCCACAGUCAUCCAGCCGUCACAAAACCCAUCUUGUACCCUCGCACCGGACACCCCUCAAGGGAAAAGAGGAUUGGAUGGCUCCACAGUGCAGUUAGCAGAAACAGGCCGCAGCGUCUCCAGUCUGGAGAUAAGCAGCUCGCACAAGCAUCAGUCUCACAGAGACUCUACACCUAGUCUGGCCUCUGACAUUUCGCUGCCCUCUGCCACACUGGAAUUGCAGCAGAGGUUACAGAAGCUACAAAACGGCUCUGGGCUGAGACAGUAUCUCCUCGGUGAAGUCCAGCUCACUAUCCGACACAGCUCACAAAGGAAUAAACUUAUUGUUGUGGUUCAUGCCUGCAGGAACCUCAUAGCACUGAGUAAAGAUGGUUCAGACCCAUACGUCCGUCUGUACCUGUUACCAGACAAGAGCCGGAGUGGCCGCAGAAAGACCAGUACACUCAAGAAGACGCUCAAUCCCAUCUACGACCAGUCCUUCGAGUUCAAUGUGUCUAUAGUGGAACUGCACAGGAGAACUUUGGAUGUCGCUGUCAAGAAUGGCGGAGGACUGUUGUCCAAACACAAAGUACUACUGGGCAAGGCACUUGUGGACUUGGCAAGUGAAGACAUUUCUAAAGGAUGGACUCGAUGGUAUCAUCUAACUGAGGAUGGCUCAAAGAAGAUCAUUCAGAUGUAGUUGUCCAUGCUAGAAAGCAGGAAAAAUUGGAACAGCAGAUAACUGGGACAUGCCACGAAAUGCACAGGAUAAAGCAGAGGCUUUAGUAGCAGAAGAGCAGCACUGGAGUAACUAAACCAGGCUACUUCUACUGGGAUUUACACUGGCCUACAAAGUGUCUCGCUCUCAUUCUCACCAAAACUAAAAUUACUACCUUAAGCAGUAAUGGUCCGCUUACUCUCUCUUUCUCAGAGGAUACAAUCUGAUUGUCUUUUUUUUUUCUGCUUGUUUGUUUUAUCCUUAUAUUCAUCUUAUUGGUGUUUGGAAUGCGUAACUUCACUUUUUAUCAGAUAAAAAUGGUUGCCCAUGAAGUAAAGAAACAACAGUAGACAAAAAGAUCAUUAGAUUAAUUAUUAAAUGUGCCUUUAUUUAUUGUAUUUAAGUUAUUUUGAUAAUAUUAUUAACCUUUUUGAUUUAUUUUUAAUAUUAUGUUUUAUAAGCAAUCAAAAUCACAUUAGAAUUUUUUUUAUGUUGCUGGUAAAUCAGACAUGUUAUUGUAGCAUUGUUGUUUGUUUGAGGCUGUAUAAAAGAUAUGUGUGUAUGUACUGUAUGUAUGAACAUUUUCUUUCCUUUAGAUUUUAUGCUGUUUUUUCUACCACAUACAUUUAUGGAAAAUCCAAGCUAUGUUCAGCUCUUCAUAAAUGACCCAUUGAUCAUUUGUUUUAAAAGUAUUUUACUGUAUCCUGUUGAACACAAAAGGAACAGCCUGUAAAGAAAUGUUUGAUAUGCAUUUUGUCUGCAAGAGUUUUAUGUGAAAAAGUUAAAUGUGUUUUUAGUAUGUGACAUUUGUAAGACGAUAAUAGCUUGGUUAUAAAGUGUUUUGGAUUGUUUAAAGACUGUGAAAUGGCUGUUGAUAUGAUUUCCAGCCUUAUUCUUCUCUAUGCAUUAUGCAUGAUAUCAUUAAAAUAUGAAGAUCAACACGAA